AUGAGCACUGCUGUUGCUGAUGUCGUGGGGGUUGAAGCUAUUGCUGUUGCUGCUGUCGCCGGUGUUGCUAUUGCUGGUGUGGCUACUGCUGGUGUUGGUGCUGGUGCUACUCCUGCUGUUGCUGCUGCUGCUGCUGCUGCUGCUGCUGCUACUAUCACUGCUACUGCUGCUGUUCAAUGCAGACGAGAGCCGAGUGGAUCGAGGCGGGAGCAGAUAGCCCUAAAAGAGAAACGGAUUGGAAACUACAGUACUUACCACACAACUCUCUGGUCUGAUGAAUGA